AUAUAAAUUAUUGUAUUUAGCCUAUGUUUGGAAUGUAGGCCUACAUUUGUAGUUAUUUAUGCACAUUUGGGGAAUGUACUGUUUUUAUCUCCAGUGAGAAAACUGACGCUUGUAAUUAUGUAGAAAAGAAUCAAGGAUAAGCGUAUCAACCUUUUUUUGUUGGUCUGUAGCUAUUUUAUAAAUGUAAAACUGAACCCUGGUGAUAAAACAUCAAAUUCAACCAUUUUAUAUAACAGGACCCGUAUGCGCGACCCACUGACACAAUUCACUACGUGAGUGACGAGUGUGUGGGCGUGACCGGUGAUGUCACACCUGUGGGCGGGGCCUUCAGCGUAAACUCAAAGCUCAAAGACGCGGGCGAACUCGGAGUCGCGCUGGUUCAAAAACACAUUCUGGAGUAUUUGCUGGCGACUCUGUCUUCAUUACAUCCUCGGAAGACAUGGAGGAAUGACUGUCUGCAUAUGAAUUCAGCGGAAGCCGAUGACAGAAGCGGUGUUUCCCUUUGCAAAGGCUUUACUUCCCGUGGACCGGUUUGGACCCAGUCAUGAAAGCUCCUGGCGAGGAGGAGAGCGGACGUCUGGACACACUGCUGGUCAACACCCUGGCCCGAGAGAGGCGUCUGUGGAGGACGCCGGUGCUGAAGAACGGAUGCAUUCAGGGUUCGGACAUCAGCCCGGCGCAGUACCACGAGGUGAGUGUGUGGCUGCGUGAAAUGAGCUGCACGUUCCAGUUCUCCUCCGAGACGUUUGCUUUGGGAGUGUGUGUUCUCAACAGCCUGCUCGCAGCGGUCAAAACUCAGCUCAAGUAUCUCAAAUGCAUGGCCAUCACCUCUCUGAUCCUCGCUGCAAAAGUCAACGAGGAGGACGAGGUGAUGGCGCCGGUCAAAGACCUGCUGGAGCAGAGCAGAUGCAGGUUCUCCACAGCGGAGAUUCUGCGCAUGGAGCGAGUCAUAUUAAACAAGCUGCACUGGGACCUGUACAUCGCUACGCCCCUGGACUUCAUCCACAUCUAUCACGGGCUGCUGAUGCGCCGGGGGGGCUCUCAGUACAGGCCGGUCCUCCAGGCGUCGCUGUGGACGAGGCAGGCGCAGCACUGUAUGGCCUGCCACCAGCUCUGGCAGUUCAAGGGCUCCAUACUGGCCUUGGCCAUCAUCACCUUAGAGCUGGAGACGCUGACGCCGGACUGGUUCUCCGUCUUCACCCAUCUGCUGAGGAAAGCACAGAUCUCCAGCGCAGAGUUCAUCUGCUGUAAGGAGACGGUGGACGAGUAUCUCACGGCUCUCCAGCUCUCCUCUCCCAGAAACCCCGUCUUCAUCCUCGACUCGUCCGGCAUGGCCGUCAGACGGCAGCACCGCCGGAAGAGGGAGCGCGCCGGACACGACAUCGACGACUUCUACGACGGCUUCUGGUGCCUUUACCGCGAGCAACCGUCCAUCAAAACAGGAAGACAUGAUGGACAGCAGCAGGAUAUGAUGUCAUCCUGUCCCCCGCUACUCGAUGGAAGCUGAUAAACGACGGCCAAGGCACUUUCUAUUCCUUUUAUGAAACCUUUAUGCAGCACUUUGAUCGUAUUUGAGAUUUAUUUACUUUUUUUUAUGUUUUUUGUUAUUGUUGUAUUUUGUGUUUUAUAUUAAUGCGUCUUCAUACAAGCUAUUCAGAAGUCGAAUUAUGGUGCUUAACGUAAAUCUUUUUGUUGGACAAUCCCAGACAGCAACAGAUCCGGCCCACAUCCGGUACAUGAGAAUCCACACAUGCUGGAUCUGAGCCGACGCUGUUCCUGUCUGGGAUUGGAUCAUUCCGUAAUAAUGAAGUUAUGCUUUAUGGUAUUGGUCGAUCUUUGAAAGAAUCCUUUGUAGUAUUAAUGUGAAGAGGAAAUGACGUUCUAUUCUGAUAUUAUUUUUCUCGUUUUUAUCCAAAACACCUCCUCCCGACCCUUUUUAAAGGCAGCUACAGAUAUUAAAUUUCUGUUCCUCCUAAAUGAAACGUGGAAAUUUUCUUUUCUGAACGGGACUCUAGAUUUAUUUUGUAAAAACGGCAGCUUUUACGUUUCUUGGAAAACAGUGUCCUUCUAUGCAAUAAACCAGACUGUUGACACUA